AUGAAAUAUUUAAAAAAUAAUAAUUUUCAACAUCAUCCUUAUCAUAUGGUUUCUCCAUCACCUUGACCUAUUUUUACUUCUAUUUCUCUAUUUGUUCUUACAACAACAGGUGUAUUAAACUUGCAUGGUUUUAAUGGAGUAAGUUAUUUAUUUUUUAUAGCAAUAUUUAAUUUAAUGGCAAGUAUGUUUUUUUGAUUUAGAGAUGUUAUAUCAGAAGGUACUUAUUUAGGUGAUCAUACUUAUGCUGUACAAAGAGGUAUAAAUCUAGGAGUAGGUUUAUUUAUAGUAUCUGAGGCUUUAUUUUUUUUAGGGAUUUUUUGAGCAUUUUUUCAUAGUUCUUUAUCACCUAAUAUAGAAGUUGGUGCUAUGUGACACCUUUAGGUAUACAAAGUAUUAAUCCUUUUGAAUUACCUUUAUUAAAUACAAUUUUAUUAUUAUCGUCAGGUGUAACUGUUACAUAUGCUCAUCAUUCUGUAAUACAAGGUAAUAGAAAAGGAGCUUUAUAUGGUUCUAUAUUCACAGUUAUAUUUGCUGUUUUAUUCACAAUUUGUCAAGGUAUAGAAUACGAUGUAUCAUCUUUUACUAUUUCAGAUGGUAUUUUUGGUUCUUGUUUUUUCUUUGGUACUGGUUUUCAUGGAUUACAUGUUAUUAUUGGAACUAUUUUUAUAGUAAUUGGUUUAUGACGUCUGCUUGCUUAUCAUUUUACUGAUCAUCAUCAUGUAGGUUUAGAAUCGGGUAUAUUUUAUUGACAUUUUGUUGAUCUAGUUUGAUUGUUUCUUUAUGGUAGUAUGUAUUAUUGAGGUGGUGGUUUUUAA